AUGAGUCACAUGAUGACAGAAAUGAUUGCCUUUCUUUUGACCAUAUCGGGAUGGAUCCUCACAGCCUCGACCGUGGCUACAGACUACUGGAAGGUUUCCUCUGUGGAUGGGACUGUCAUCACAACAGCAACCUUCUGGUCAAAUCUGUGGAAGACGUGUGUGACUGACUCCACCGGUGUCUCUAACUGCAAAGACUUCCCAUCCAUGCUAGCAUUAGACGGGUACAUCCAAGUGUGCCGUGGUUUAAUGAUAGCUGCUGUUUGUUUGGGUUUCUUUGGGGCCAUUCUGGCCUUGGUGGGUAUGAAAUGUACCAAGAUUGGAGGAUCGGAAACAACAAAGGCCCGGAUUGCCUGUUUGGCAGGCUUCCAUUUCAUCCUAAACGGUCUCUGCUCCUUGACUGCAUGUUCUCUCUACGCACAUAGGAUAACAUCGGAAUUUUUUGAUCCCAUGUUUGUUGCGCAAAAAUUUGAGCUGGGUGCUGCCUUGUUCAUUGGAUGGGGAGGGUCUGUCCUCUGCAUAUUAGGAGGCUUCAUCUUCUGCCUGUCUUUAACAGAGGGCUUCAGUUUGAGGUACGUCUCUGACACUGAUUGCAGGAGUCUGAAGCACGGUCCAACUCUAUUCUCCCCCAGACACACUGAGUGCUCCUAUAACAGACCCGCAUCCUUCUCCAUACGCCAGAGGCCCAACCCCUCCACCACCCUCCAGAAAGACCCCCAGGAGCAGGGGGGCACGUCCAGACAGUUUGGGAGAAAUGCUUAUGUUUGAUGACUGCAUGCAUACACAGCGACAACGCUAGCAGGCAGAGAGCUACACCUGCAAUGUCUGCUUUGGAGAUGUCCUGUUUCACAAAAACAGUAGAGAACUAUUCACUAACAGAGCCUCUCCAUAGCCUGAAGUCAGAGACGCAGGAAGAGAAACGCCACAUCUUACAUUUGAUCAAGGUGCUGCAUAGCAGAAAUGCUGGACACCAGCUCAGCUUUUGUAACAAAGGAUUCAGUCGUAACAAA